CCGCCCCCGAACAGGACAUCACACGUCUGUCCGCGGCACCCGCGUCUGGCCGGGGUCGCCCCAGCCGGCCAGGGGCGCAGAAGCACCUGCGCUCUGGAAGGGGGGACGCACGUCCAUUCAGGGGAGGAGGAGGAGGAGGAGGAGGUUUUUUUUUCCCCCGCGGGAACACCACCACCGCUUCUUUCCUCGCGUUGGAAGGUCUUGAAAAACCGACUGUCAUGGCGCUACAGAGGGUCAUCAAGAAAAAUUGCACUUACAAUACAAGGAUGAGACGCCCAAGAGUAGGUCACGGAAUACCCCUGGGGCGUGCCACGGUUACUGCAAAUGAAAACUCUGACCGACUUCGGCGCCCGCUGGGGUGGGGGUACUCCCCACCCUGAAUUCUCGCCAAAUUCUGCCUUCCCUUAGCUGUGGGGAGGCCGUACAACGAAGCCAAAUGCCUGGGGUCAGUCGUGGCUGCUCCCCAUCCACUCUCCUCCCCCGCCCCUCCUCCCCGAGGCUCUGCGCCGAGGACGCGCCUACUGCCCGGCAGGGCUCAGCAGCGCGGCCGCGGCGAGCAGGGCGCCCGCGGCCGCGAGGCGCGUGCUCCCCGAGGUCUCCUGCGGGCACUCCAUGGCGAGGACGUCGGCGGCCGUGAGGCUCGUGGCCCCCGCGCUCACCAUGGCGGCGAGGGCGCUGUCGAAGUUGGCCUCGCUGCCGAGCACGGCCUCCGUGGCGUCGGUGAUCACCUUCACGUCGUAGUUUCCAAAUGUCAGCGCGUCCUCCACGGUCCACCUGACGCACACGUCCGUGGCAAUGCCCGCGACGUAGAUGGUGUCGAUGCCCAGCGACUGCAGCGUGGUGUCCAGGGUCGUCUUUAGCGUUUUCGUGUUGUCCAUGAAGGCGCUGUAGGCGUCGACGUACUGGUUCAUGCCCUUCUGCACCACGAUAUCGGUCGACGCCGUCAUGAGGCUGGGCGGGAAACCCGAGUCCCCAGUCUGCAGGCAGUGGUCCGUCCACAUGGCCUGGUCGGUGGAGAAGCAUUCUGCCGGGCUGGUGGCGCACAACGAGCAUGCCAAGUUAUCGGUGACGAUGUCCGAAGUGUUGACGUCGUAGUCCCAGCCGGCCGGGGGGCACAGCUGCGUCGUGCAAUCGACGGUGGAGGGGUCGACGUAGAUCGUGGGGCAGCAGGCGCCGUCCGCCGUCCGGGAUUGAUGCACGUGAGGGGCAGGCUCCCCUUCCCAGAGAGGUGCGCGAAAGGGGCCCGGCCGUGCGUGGAGCCGAAUGAUAUGUGGUUCUCCGGGUGGAAAUCCUGCGUGCGCACCACGCUUUCGAAGAGACACGACUUCUCGCUGCGGAUCGAGUUGAUCGUCGCGAUGAUGUGCGAAGCGGGCACCGAGAGGGAUCCGGGCUCACCGCUGGCGGUCAGGUUCUCCAGAAAGCAGUCCUGCACGUCCACGAGCAGCAGCGCGGCGCUCCCCCAGCAGCGGCCCACCUGCGAGGCCAGCGUGGCCGCAGCUGCGACGGCAGCCGGCAGGCGUGGCAUGUGGCUCGGCGGACUCUCUGGGGCUCGGCUCGCGCCCGGCGCGGCGCUGAACUCGCAGCUCGCUCUGGGGACCGAACGGCUU